CUGUCGCGAAGGAAGCAACAGGACUUAAAUACUACCAGGUUGUCCAAGCCUAGACAGGAGCAGUCGGGAUAUCGGGGUUGGGUUCGAACCACGAACCUUCCGGUCGAUUUCUCAAUCAAUAACACGGAAUGUGAAAAGACUGCCGUCGAUAAGCAUCACCUAUCACACUGUGUGGAUACCCAUUCACUUCCUUCCAACAUUCGCGUGAGGACUAAAUGCGUCUACACCCGAAGGUUCAACACCACGAACGGCUGUCAAUAUGUAUCAGGAAGGUCAGCUUCCUGA